GAGAUUUGAAGUUGGCUUGGCAACCGCUUCAGCGGAGGAAACCCUCUCCUCCGACCGCCCGUUUCAAGCGAAGGGUGAGGCGCUGCUACCCUCACCCCCGCGCUGACUCGCACCCACAGUCGCACUUAAGCAUCACAUAGAAGAGGAUAUGUGGUCUGAGUCACGAUCACAGUGUGGUGAAAGAAAUCAGCGAGGCCAUUUCCAUCCUGGAAGACCACACAAUGCAGAAUUUCAAAGAGCAGUGCAAGUAAUGCAGAGGCGGCAGGAUUACGACCGUGGUGGUGGUGGUGGAGGAGGCAGAGGUGCCACCAGCCGUGAUUAUAAUCAUUACACUCAUUCCGAUGAUUAUCGAGGAUAUUCUGCUGACAACCGUGAUUCUGGACAUGGCCGACGAUUUGGUCCACCACUCAAAACUGGCUCAUGGGGUGAUGAAAAUUCCAGAUGGCCCAGAGAUGAACAUUCAGGAAGUAGGCAAGCUGACUACAGGGGAGUCAAGACAAAGAGAUGUGCUGCUGGUGGUAACAGGGAUAACUUCAGAAGAAAGAACUUCUAUUCCUCCCAACAUGCAAGAGAGCGUUCGCCUCAUAAAAGGGAAACUUCUUACUACAGACGAGAAUCUCCUCCCAGCCACUCUGGAUCAAGCAUCAGCAGCAGAAGCUAUUCCCCGGAAAAAGGCAAGCAGCCACCAUCCUACCAGUCCCAAUUCAAUAGAAAUAAGGAAAGGUCUAUUUGUACCUUGAUCCCUUCAAGAGAUGCAUCUCCAUCUAUUUCAAUACCACCAGCUUCUUCAAAGAGUGCAAACUUUGAAAAAGGCAGCAAGACAUCUGAUAACUUGAAUAAAGAAAUUGUGAAUGACUGGAGUUCUGAACAGCAGCAGAUUCCAGAACUAGAAAUAACUGAACAUUGUACGGGUGAUACUAUUCAGAUGUUAUUACCAGAUAAAUUGGAUGAUCCAGAGAUGAAUGCACCGGGUGCUAUUGACAUUAUAGACCUGAGUCAAACAGAUCAUCGCUCUAGAACGAUUGCUGAAAAAGCCAAGGAGAUUGAAGAGGUUUAUAGGCAAGACUGUGAAACUUUUGGCAUGGUUGUUCAAAUGCUCAUUGACAAAGACCCAUCGUUGGAAAGCACAAUACAAUUUGCACUAAGAGAAAACUUGCGUGAGAUAGAAGAACGUUGCAUUGAGGAACUCAAAAGGUUCAUCACCCAGUAUGAUUCUGCUCCUGGAGAGCACACAGCAAGCUUAUAAUUCCAAGACUUGGGCCCCUGAUAAUUUCUCUGCUUUUGUUCAAAGUCCAUUUUAUAUCAACUGUAAUCAAUUACUUAAUGUCUAUUUUCUGAAACUAGCAACACAAGCUUAUGCUGGUGUAAAUUGAGUCCAUCUGCUGUUUGAAUAUAUUUAAACUUAUAAUCUUUAAGCUCAAGUGCAAGGUAUAUGUUUAAUAUGUUUGGUGGACGAUGAAACAAAUCUAUACUGACCUCAGGAAUAUUUUCCUUAUAUAAUGGUAUCCAUAAUUGGAGUGUAUCUCUGAGAUCAGUAUGGGUAGAUUCAAAAAAUGAAUUUUUUGGUGUAUGUAAACCAUGUUAUAUAUUUCCAAUGGAAAGCCUUAAAGGAAUAUCCCAGGCUCAGGUUCCACAGUUGGGUCUUAUUGUUUAUGCAACUUUGUCAAUGGCCCAGUUGGUUAGAAAAAGGAUUUGACUUUAUUUAGAAACAGAAAACCUACAGCACAAUACAGGCCCUUCGGCCCACAAAGCUGUGCCGAACAUGUCCCUACCCUAGAAAUUACUGGGCUUACCCAUAGCCCUCUAUUUUUCUCAGCUCCAUGUACCUAUCCAAAAGUCCUUCAAAAGACCCUAUCGUUUCCACCUCCACCACCAUUGCCGGCAGCCCAUUCCACGCACUCACCAGUCUGAGUAAAAAAACUUAUCCCUGACGUCUCCUCUGUACCUACUCCCCAGUACCUUAAACCUGUGUCCUCUUGUGGCAACCAUUUAAAUCGCACUUUGUGGGAGCUAACAACUUCUGUGUUAUUUCUAUGGCUGUGUGCUGAAAUGUUAAAUGAGAGAAGAAAAAAAUGAGUUCCCCUGAUGACUCAUUUGAUAACAUGCUGCUCAGUUUGGUUGUGAGCUGUACAAAGCUGGAGGAACCCUUAAUUUGUCUUCUGGUGGUUGGCUGGAACAGCAGUGGAGAGAUUAUAUUUGCCCUCAGUACCUUGAACAGCAGAGAAACAAAUCAGGAUUCUUCUCUAUGACUAUUUACACUCAUGAUCCGAUGUGUGUAGAUGCCCAGUGAAUCAGAUCAGAUCAAGGAUACCAAGUGACAUGUGACAUUUGCUAUCGGGGAAUGGACAUGAAGAAUGGGCCCUGGUGUAGGAUGUAUGAGGGCACUUGGUGUUCACAAGGAAACACUAAGGAAAGUCACCACUUAAAAUAAGUAGAAAAAUUCCACAAUGAGAAAGGUGCUGUAAAUUCAGAUUCUAGUAUAUUCCUUUAAGUGAAUUUUUAUAUUCAUAGCUAUACUUUCCCCAAUCUGCUUACAUUUUUGAGUUGUCUGCGUCAAUUAGAAAGAUGAUCAAUGGCCAGACAAGAUAUUAGCCACGUAAUACCAAAUAAACAGUGUUAAGAGGGGAAUCGCACCAUAAGGGAUAAUCUUCUGCUGUACUGUGGAGAAAUUGAACAUAACAUAAAAGACAUUAGAAAUUGCAUCAGUCUAAACUGCGGCUUAGUAUUUUCCUUAGCAGUAUUAUGUUUUGGAUUUCUGUGUAGUAAAUGCUUUUACUUGUAAUUAAAGUAAUGAAAUGAAAAGAUUAAAUAUUGAACUAAA